CCAUGAGCUUCAAUCAACUAAAGUUCUGAAUUACGUUAUAUAAUGGUAAUUAAGUAAUCAUAUUACAAGAUACUACAGCUUUUCCACUGUCGGGCAAACAAGUGCGCUUUUAAGGGGCAAGGCGGGGUCAAUACCACUAAACCACGCCCCUAAGGCGGCUCCCUGGAUCAACGUCACACAAUCCCACCCAUUUCAGCGGGAAGGAGUAAAUAUAAUCACCAGACCGAAGAGUUGUAUAAGCGUCAGCUUGUUCAUGUCGCCAUGGAGAGAAAUGAAGAGGCAGCUUGUUUGCUCCUUUUGCUUUGUGUCUGGUGGAAGAUGAGGCAGCGAAUUCAAGAUGAGAAGAUAAACGCUGAGCGGCGUUUACGCAGACAGCGCAUGUUGGCUGCGAGGCGCGAGAGAGCGAUGCAGAGACGAGCGUGCGAGUUGCAACGGCAGCGAAAACGUCAACUUUUGAUGGCAACGAUGAUGCAUCACUAUUACACCAAUAUAAGGCGUCCCCCCAGGGUGUGGGCCUACCCUCGGACAGGUGACUGGUGGGAGAACACCGCACAAAGAUUCACAGAUGACCAGUGGCUGGAGGACUUCAGAGUUUCCAGAGACACAUUCACAUACAUUUGUUCAACUCUGAAGUCUGCACUACAGAAAAAAGACACGUCAUAUCGACUAUGCAUACCUCUGGAGAAACGGAUAGCCAUUGCUUUGUAUAAACUGGCAUCGUCUUCCGAGUACGGCACGGUGGCUAACCUGUUUGCUGUCAGUCGGACUUCUGUAUGCCACUGCGUGCAUGACUUUUGCAAGGCUGUGAUUGCGAUUCUUCGGCCAAAAUUUAUCCAAACACCCGACCGGGCCAGACUGUCCGAGAUUGCAGAUUUUGUCGAGGAGAAGUAUGGAAUUCCCCAAUGCGUUGGCGCUAUACAUGGUUGUCACAUCCCUAUACUGAAACCUUCACAGUACGAGUCAGAUUUUGACAACGGAGAAGGCUGGCAAUCCAUAAUUUUACAAGCAGUUGUGGAUGGUAAAGGGAUGUUUUGGGACCUGGAUAUCGGACAACCUGGGAGCAAAGACGACUGUAGUGUCCUCCGAAAGUCACACCUUUGGGCUUGGGCCACAACUAGCGAUGCAUUUUCUGGCAGAGUUAAAGACGUAUGCGGAACUGAUGUUGGCUACUUUAUUCUUGGUGACUCGGCUUACCCGUUACAGAGAUGGUUGUUAAAACCAUAUCCUGAUACUGGCAGGAUUACAGACGGACAAGAACUGUACAAUGCAAGAACAAAUCAAGCUCAUUGUGUGGUUGAGCAAGCAUUCGGGAGGUUGAAAGGGAGGUGGAGGUGUAUGAGUAAUAAAAAUAACUGCAGUGUUAAUCUUGUUAUUGACAUGGUGGAGGCAUGCUGUACACUACACAACCUGUGCGAAUUACGCAUGGACAGAUUUUUGCCAGAAUGGGGUGCUGAUGGUGGUAAAGUUCUUGAACGACCACCUUGUGACGUUGAUGAUGGCGGGUCAGAUGCAAGAAAUGGUCUGGAACGGUUGUUCAUGCAACAACAACAACUAUGGCAGCUCAGAAUACACAAAUGAAAGACAACAUGGUGGUGAUCGUGAUGGGCAAUCAAACGCUUAGACUGGUUAAAAAAGAACCAGCCUAUUCGAUUUAUUGCAUCACUGCAUCUGAAGUCAUUGAUUCAGCCACUGUGGGCAUUGCCACUCAAAAGGACAUUUAUCAAGAUCUCCCAAAUGUCCCACUGUACGCUGACACCCGCAGUCAAACAGAGGAGGUCUCCAAAACCAUGAUGGACCGUUCCAUGGUUAAAAACUUUGGGCAAGACCUAUAUGACAACCUAGUCCAUGCACUUCAAGGAGAGGGAUCUACAAGUUUGACAGCAGGGAGCUCAGAUGGCAAUGUCAUCCAGGCCGUGGUAUCAGAUGUUGUGAAACUAUGUGGACCCGUGGAUCCUGAACCCUCACCUGAAAGUGUUUCUGAGACAACAAAACUUUCAGAAACCAUUGGAACGAAGGCAAAAACUGUGAAGACCUUCUUUCAAACAAAGUGGAACAUGGUGAAACGUCCCUUCACCUUUAGCCUAAGGUCCGAUAAAGUUACA